GCCGCAUAGCACGCUUUCGAAGGUCUGUUCCGUCGAGGAACAGACUGACAGGAGGCCUCGCCCAGUCCCAAGCCUCGGCUUCGCGCCCUUCAAACCGCCUUAACGCCCCUCCGCCAUACAGCAAGCACUCCCAACUACUACCAGCUGCUCCCCAACGACCACCAGCAAGGGAAUGGCACCUUCUGCUCUGACGCCCCCUCCAGCGGAAUACAACACCGCGUUGAACCACAAACAGUAUCUCAGCGACUGUUCCUUUGGCAGCAUUGACAACCAUGGCGCAAGCAACUCCAAGCAACUCAUUGGCGCAGCUUUGAAGAACCGUGUCGAGGCUAUCGAUCACGACAUCUGUGACGUCGGCGACGAGGACACUUUCUUCGUCGCUGACCUGGGCGAGGUGUACCGUCAGCACCUGCGAUGGAAGAAGAACCUGGCUCGUGUCAAGCCGCACUAUGCGGUCAAGUGUAACCCGGAUCCGCAGGUCCUGCGCCUGAUGACCCAGCUUGGACUCGGCUUCGAUUGCGCCUCCAAGAAUGAAAUCGAGACGGUCCUCAAGACUGGCGUCGACCCCUCCCGCAUCAUCUACGCGCAGCCCUGUAAGACCAAGUCGUACGUCCGCUACGCCGCCAACGCUGGCGUCAAACAGAUGACUUUUGACAACGCCGACGAGCUCUACAAGACCAAGCAGCUCUUUCCUGAUGCUGAGCUGUACUUGCGUAUCAUCACUGAUGACACGGCUAGCCUCUGCCGUUUGAGCCAGAAGUUCGGCGCUGCAAUGGAUCAGACCGGCGAACUGCUUGAGCUUGCGAAGAAAUUGGAGCUUAACGUUGUCGGCGUGGCUUUCCACGUGGGCUCCGGCGCGUCUGACCCCAAGGCCUUCAUCAAGGCUGUGCAAGACGCCCGCUUCGUUUUCGACCAGGCAGUUGCUCUUGGCUUUAAUAUGCACACCUUGGACGUCGGCGGUGGCUUCACCGGCGACGCUACUUUCGAGCCGAUGGCUGCAGUUCUGUCUGCUUCCCUGGACGAGUACUUCCCGCCACACAUCCGCGUCAUUGGCGAGCCUGGACGUUACUACGUCUCCACCGCGUUCACCAUUGCAUGCCAUGUCAUUGCCCGCCGCACUGUCACCGAUGCCACCCUCGGCACGACCAACUACAUGCUGUACUUGAACGACGGCGUCUACGGCAACUUCUCGAGCAUCAUCUUUGACCACCAGCACCCAGUUGCAAAGGUUUUGAAGUCCGGCACCGAGGUUUUGUACGACAUCCGCCGCUCAGGCUACGACACACCCUCACAGAUUGAAUACUCCAUCUGGGGCCCCACCUGCGAUGGCAUCGACAUCAUCUCCUCGUCCAGCACCUUCCCCGAGCUCCUCGAUGUCGGUGACUGGCUGUACUUUGAGGACAUGGGCGCGUACACCAAGUGCUCUGCCACUCGCUUCAAUGGCUUCACCGACAGCCACGAUGUCGUGUAUGUGUGCAGCGAGCCGGGCGCCCAGGCCCUUAUGGGUCUCUAGGUCUCCUAAUCGUAUAUAUUCGUUCAGCGUUUUGUGCACGGAUGGAUUACUUUGCGGCAUUGUACGCAUUGUUUUAAGUGGAAAAGUUUGAUCAUUUUGAC